GAAUUAUGGUGCGGAAGAAUAUAGGGCACGGUCUAUCCCGGUUUAGCCGGUAUUUUUCGCUGUUUACCAAGUUAUCCGUGAACAAGGUGACAAGGAUCAGUCACACUGUGCUCUCAUACUUAAGCGUCAUGGCGGACGGGUGUACGAUCAGGGAUACUAUCGAAUCAGAUCUGCCGCAUAUCAUGAAAUGGUGGGCAGGGGAUUUUCAGGAAGACUUCGCGCUUGAGACGCUUGAGAUCAUGGUGAACUACGGAGAAGGCGGUGGAGCUUCCACGGCAGUGUUACCCAGCGGGGAACCAGUAGGUUUUCUGAACUGUGAUGUAGUUGGUGACGAUGCCUUCUGCGGUCACUUCAUAGUACGUAGCGACAUGAGACGGAGAGGAAUAGGAAGUAUGUUACUGAAGCGCAUACUUGAGCACGCCGGCCACCGUAACAUGGGAAUUAACUCCAUGAUGUACCGCGUAGAUCUUUAUAAGAAGAUCGGAUUUACGACCGAGUCGUUCAUUACUACCUCACGGUACUGCACCGUCGAUCACGCCAAGCUCGCAGCAUCCCUGAAGCUGGAAGAUGAUGCUAAUAUCAUAGUGAAGCCAUACAGCGAGGAGAUGCUGCAAGCUGUACUCGACUACGACAAGUCCAUCGCUGGGCACGACCGCGGAGACUAUCUGCGACCCUACAUACAGGCCUAUAAGAAGCUGACGUUUGUAGCGACAGAUGCUGAAGGCAAGGUCACGGGUUUUGUUAUUGCCACCAACAUGGUCGGCAACAUAAAUUAUAGCAUCUUCCCACUCUAUGGUGACACGGAGCAGGUACAGAAGCAGCUGAUGAGGCAGGUGUUAAUGGCCCUACCUGAUGGAUCUGAAAUCGGCAUCUAUACACCGAGUGACAACAUACCAGCUACAGGAAUGGUAGAGGCGCUUGGGGCUCGCACUGAGUUGUUUACAAAGCGACUGUACACAAAACACGUGUUGAAGCUACCGCUGGAAAAGGUCGCGUCUGUUCUUAAUUUAGACGUCUUCAUUAUCUAGGACUUCCUUGGAAUCGAAUCACAUUGAAAAUCGUAAUGAUGAUGUUAGGAAUAUGUUUGCUGCUCCGCGUAUCGCACUUCCUCAAGCAAAAAAUAUGUAAUACCUUUGGUCGCAGUAUAAUUUUGUGAAAUACAUUUUAUAUUUUCAUGAGACAGGUUCUCUGAUUUUAUCAUUCUGUUACAGCGUUGCGCUGGAAGCAUGUGACAUUCAGCACAGCAAAUAAAACGUAUUUAAGUAAUAAAAACAAAUAUAAAUAUACAAAAAA